AUUUAAUCUCUUUCAUUUUGGUUAGUACACUUCAAUUUUUUUUCCAGCUCGUUCAACAGUUUGGGCUGCACAAAGAUCUUCUUAAUAAGAUGGAAUAGUACCAGUGAUCGUAUAGAACACUGUCAUAUAAGUAUAGAAAAGAAGUUAAAUCAAUAUGUCUGAAAGGAGAAACGAUAACAAUAACAACAACAAUAACAAUAGAAGAAGAAAUAAGAACCAGAAUCAAGGUCAAAAACAGGAGGGACCCAAAAGGGAAGCUAUUCUAGACUUGGGAAAGUACAAAGAUCAAGGUAUCAGAGUCAAAUUCAUUGGUGGAAGACAAAUUACAGGUAUAUUGAAAGGGUUUGAUCAGUUAAUGAAUUUAGUAUUGGAACAAGUUGAAGAAACCUUAAGGGAUGAAGAUGAUGAUACUGUAUUGACUGAUAAAGUUAGAAAAUUCGAUGGAUUAGUAGUAGUCAGAUGUACUUCUUUAUUAACUAUAUCACCAGUAGAUGGUAGUGAAAUCAUAGAAAAUCCUUAUGCUCCAGUUGAAGUUGAAGCCUAAAGAGUUUUUAAUGUAAUACAACAUUACCAAUUGUACUAUAGUAUUUAAAAUACAGAUUAUACAUUAAAUAAAUAAUAUGUGUAUUCAAAUGCAAAUAAUAAAUUCGCAAUACUGCUCAAAGUUGUACAUAUCUCUAUGACCAUUUCUCAUGAAAACCCAUAUAAGCUCUACAUUUCUACUAAAAAGACUAAC